AUGGGUCUCGUCAAUGUCUCCACAGGGGCGGCCAUGCUAGAUUUACGCAGCUUUGGAGCCGUCAUUCUUGUUUGCUUCGUUGUUGUUCGUAUAAUUGUGCGUAGAUACUGGACACCGAUCGCAGAUAUUCUGGGCCCCAUCUUGGCUUCAUUUUCGGCGCUGUGGCAAGUUUACCACCUUUGGAAGGGCCAUAUUGAGGAAGAACUGAUUUCUCUCCAUAAAAAGCACGGCUAUUUUAGAGAAAAUGAAGUUAGCGUGUCUCACCCAGAUGCUGUUAAGCAGCUUCUCCACGCGAAUAUUGCCAAGGGCCCAUGGUAUUCGAUCUUCAGCAUGCCAGACUAUAACUAUGUCAACCAGAUGUCCGAGCUGAACCCUCGCCGCCACAUUGAAAAAUACCGCAACAUCGCUGCCGGAUUUGCACUGUCUAACAUCAUAAAAUUUGAGCCGCACGUUGACGCAGUAUUACAAAAUCUCGAAGAACACCUGGAUAAACUUUGCGAUUCUGGCGAAUCAGUGGAAUUCGACAAAUGGUUCAGCUUUUUUGCCUUUGACGUGUUAGGCGAAGUGACGUUUUCCAAGUCCUUUGGUUUUAUCGAGACUGGCACAGAUGUUAGAAAUGCCGUGGAAAAUACUAAGGUUCUGGCGCGAUACGUUGCAGCUAGGGGCCAUUAUGUCUGGUUCCACAACUUGACGCUGGGCAACCCGCUGCUUAGCAGAAUUGGGAUUCAGCCCUCGUCUCACAUUUUCGAUACUUGCCUUGCAGCCAUUGAUGAAAGGAAAAGGAAUCCCGAAAUAAGGAAUGAUAUGAUGCAGCGUUGGUUGGAUGUUCGGGAUAAAUAUCCCGAUCGUAUGGCAGAAAAUGAACUCCUAGCUGCGGCUGUUGGUAACGUUGGGGCUGGCGCCGAUACUGUUGGAGCCACUGCCCAAGCUCUCAUCUAUUAUCUUCUACGCCAUCCGAAGUAUCUGCAGCGGGUGAGAGAGGAAAUAGACACGGCUCAAGCACGGGGCGAACUUUCUCCCAUGGUUCAGUAUAAUGAGGCUCAAAAGUUGCCGUUUCUUCAGGCUUGUCUAAAAGAGACAUACAGGUACCAUUCGGCGGUUGUUGGCGGCCUUCCUCGAGUCGUACCACCGGGCGGGAUGACUAUAGGGGGCAGAUAUUUCCCCGAAGGAAUCGUUCUCAGUAUUAACACAUGGGUCUUCCAUCGGAAUCCCGAAAUUUUCGGCGAAGAUUGUGAUAGCUUCAAACCCGAUCGCUGGUUUCAGAAAGACACCACGAAUAUCGACUCGUUUUUGAUUCACUGGGGGGCAGGUUACAAUCAAUGCCCUGGACGGAACCUUGCUCAAUUCGAACUCUCGAAACUUCUGACAACCUUGAUUCGGGACUACGAUAUUGAGCUAGUUGACCCUACUAAGGAAUGGGUGUUUAAAAGCCAGUUCUUAGCUGUCCCAUCUGGGUGGCCUUGCAGGAUUCGACGAAGAAUGACCAAAUAA